AUGGACAGUGCGACGUUUAUGUCAAGAUUCUCAGAUGGGAAUUCGGUGAUGCUGGAGGCAAAGGGAUACAAGAACAGGUUGGUGGGACGUCCAUCCAGCAUGGCGCCAAUCGUGAAGGUCUUGAUGACAAACAUCAAAGAGGAAGCUCAGCUUACUCGCUCGCAGGUCUUGCUCCGGCAGAUCGACCUCGUGCCGGAGCAGAAGAGAACGGGGAAGUACCUGAACGAGAUCGAGGAGCUUCGAAACAGGGUGAUGAAACUGCUGAAGCAGAAGGAGCCGGACUUUGAUCCACCCAGCGCCAGUUGCCAGGAGGGCGAUACACAGGUGGAGGGAUGUCAAUCUGUUUGUCGUUGGCUGGAUUUGACAAAGUCAUCGACUAAUGGCCAGUGUGAUGACUAUGUCAAGAGUCUCGAGGCGAAGGGCUACAAGAAAUACCGGAAAUGGAAGAUCUUUGGGCAUCCCUCGCCAAUGGAUCCCGUCUUGGGGCUCUUAACCAGCAAUUGCCGGAAAGAGGAGCUGAGUUUCUAUUUGGCGGGACUGGCGGAACUCAUCAAGAAGAUGAAGAAAGAAGGGAAGAUUGACAGGUACCAGGAAGAACUUGAGGAGCUGCAAAAACAUGUGACUGACACGCUGGAAGUGCAAGCCAUCACUAUUGAUGAAGAUUAUGAAGAUGAUACAGAGCCCCUUCCACGGUGUGAUUUGAACAUGCCCGUGGAGGCAGGGGACAUUGUGACCUUUGAAGUUGGUGGCCCAGACUUUGAGAAAGUGACUUGA